ACCAGUCACCACCACCACCACCACCACCACCUCUCCUGCACCUCGCGAUCGAGACUCCAUUCAUUCCUAGAAGAAGACUGAUCACCUCCUCGGCUCAUUCUACCCGGCCGAUCGGACGCGCAGGCGCCGGAUUAAUCCCUCCGUGUCCGCGGCAAUGGAGAGCGUGGAGGGAAACGGCACCGGCCGCGGGAACCUGCAGCUCGUGGUGUCGGAGCUGUGCCGCAUCCAGGAGCUGGUGCGGCAGCUGGAGCUGCACCUGCACGCGCCGGACACCUCCGUCGACCUAUGCCGCGCCCUCACCGCUCAGAUCUUCGCGCUCACCGACAGGUCCAUCGGCUUCGUCGCCGCCGCACAUUCCUCCGACGCCCCGACGACGCCCUCCAGCACGUCCAGCUCCCUCAGCGGCGUCUCCGACCAGCCUUUCAGGACCAACACCAAGAAGAGGAAGGCGACGGCGAGGUGGACGAGCCAGGUGAGGGUGAGUGCGGCCGGCGGCGCGGAGGGGCCUGUCGACGACGGCCACAGCUGGAGGAAGUACGGGCAGAAGGACAUCCUCGGCGCCAAGCACCCGAGGGCGUACUACCGCUGCACCCACCGCAACUCGCAGGGCUGCACCGCCACCAAGCAGGUGCAGCGCGCCGACGAGGACCCCGUGCUCUUCGACGUCGUCUACCACGGCCAGCACACCUGCAGGCCGACAGGCGGCGGCGGCGGCGGCAGGAGGCCGCCGACGAACCAACACAACCCGCACGCGGAGAGCCUGCUGCAGAGCCUCAGAGCCGGCCUGGCCGUGGACGCCGAUCACGGCGGCCUGAACACCAGCGUCUGUGUCUCACCUCCGAUGACGUCGCCGUCGAUGGCCUCGCCUGUGGCGUCUGGCUCCAACGGGGGUCCGACCAUGUCGCCGUACCCGGCCGGCGCGUACACGGAGUGGCCGUUGGACGGCGACCUCCAGGAGGUGGUGUCGGUGUUCACAGCCGUGUCAGCCCCGAGCAUGGACUACCUUUUCGAGUUCGACCCGACCUUCGACGUUGAUGCGCCCAACUUCUUCAUGUGAGGACGACGAACAGAGCAUAUCUGAAUAGACGAAGACCCGAGCUUUAGGAUAUCUGAAUAGUGUAGCUUGUUCCCUUCUUUCUUUCUUUUCUUCUACAGUUUUCUUUGGUUAGGUUUUGUUGAUUUAUUUUGUAAGGAAAGCGGAAAAAAAAUAAGGUGUUGAAAUUCGAUAA